UACGGUUUAUGGCCUUACUUUUCUUACUAUUAAUCUUGGCUUUUCCAAUGCACAUGACACCACUCCUAUGUCACCAUGAAGAAAGCUUAGCAUUGCUGCAAUUCAAGGGAAGCUUUGUCAUCGACAAGUCAGCUUCGUCUGAUGCCUCUGCUUAUCCAAAGAUGAUAUCAUGGAAUCAACAAGGAGAGAAUCCAGACUGCUGCUCGUGGGAUGGUGUGGUGUGUGAUCAGCACACCGGGCGCGUCAUUAGCCUUGACCUCAGUAGCAGUUGCCUCUAUGGUUCUAUCAAUUCCAACAGCAGCCUCUUCGGUUUAGGCCACCUUCAAAGGCUUAAUCUCGCGGACAAUCAUUUCAACUCCUCCCAAAUCCCAUCCGGAUUUCGCAGUUUUCCAAGGCUAACUUAUCUCAAUCUCUCCUCCUCCAAAUUCUAUGGUAAGAUUCCAUUAGAAAUAGCAGGGUUGAGUAGAUUGAGAUAUCUUGAUUUGACAGGAGAUUUGGAUGCAUCUCAAGCAAGAAUGUUGGAGUUCACAAGUCCUAACCUGAUGUGGCUAGUUCAAAAUUUAACUCACAUUGAGAAACUGCAUCUUGACCAUGUAGACUUAUUUGCUGCAAUCCCUGAAAAAGUUGCAAAUUUGUCUUCAUUAUCAUCUCUUAGUCUCUAUAAUUGUGGCUUGCUUGGCAGAUUUCCAAUGGGAAUUUUUGAACUACCAAACCUGCAGUUUCUCAAAGUGGGGGAGAAUGAAAAACUUGUUGGUCAUCUGCCUGAAUUUCAUUGGGGCUCUCCUCUUAAGUUUUUAAUGCUUCACCGCACAAAUUUCUCAGGUGAACUACCUCCUUCAAUAGGAAACCUUCAUUCCUUGACUGGAUUGGAUAUUGUUAGAUGCAACUUUGGGGGCCCAAUCCCAUCUUCUCUCGGUAAUCUUAGCAAGAUCACCGUCCUUGAACUCGGUGAGAAUAACUUUUUUGGCGAAAUCCCUUCUUCAUUGGCAAACCUUACAAAGCUUACCUCUUUCUCAAUUUCAGGCAAUCGUAAUUUUAGUUGUGGGUCCUUGUCCUGGCUUGAAAAGCAAACCGAAUUCAUUCAGUUGGGCCUUCAAGAUUGCAAUAUAACUGGUGAAAUCCCUCACUUUCUAAAAAAUUUCACUCGACUCAAUCGUUUACAACUCUGGUCUAACCGUUUAAGAGGUCAAAUUCCACAUUGGCUAACAAACCUCACUCGGUUAGCCGUCUUAGAUCUUAGUUACAAUGAAUUCCACGGCCCUUUUCCUCAUCAAAUUUCAGAACUUCUAAAUCUUGAAGCUAUUUAUUUGAACGCAAAUCACUUGAGCGGCAUUGUUAAUCUAAAUCCAUUUUUUGACCUCCAAUACAUGAAGACAUUUUUUAUAUCAGAGAAUGAUUUUACAUUGCUCCGUGUGACCAAUGGAAAUGCUACUCUUCAAAAGUGGUUCAUACUAGGACUUGGCUCAUGCAACCUGAAGGAGUUCCCCGACUUCCUUAGGUACCAAGAUAAACUGGAGAUGUUGGAUCUCACUGGAAAUAAAAUCCGCGGCCAGAUUCCGAGCUGGUUGUGGAACAUAAGCAAAGAAACUUUGGAGGUGGUUGUUAUUGGUUUCAAUUUUUUGACCGGCUUCGAGCAACCUUCAUUGAUCUCGCGCCUUCCUAAUCUAAAAUUCCUAGGGCUACGUGGUAACAAGAUCCAAGGUCCAAUCCCCAUACCACCACCUUCCAUUCUCGACAUUACCUUCUCAAAUAACAGUUUCAGUGGAGAAAUUUCUUCAACCUUCUGCAGUCUACCUUACCUACACGUCCUUGACUUGUCAUUCAACAACUUGAGUGGCAUGCUUCCGCAAUGUUUGCUCGAGAAGGUGAACAAUCUGAACAUUUUAAAUCUUGAACACAACUUCUUCAGCGGAACCAUUCCUAGAACUUUAACGAAUGGCAGUAAGUUGAGGAUGAUCAAUUUAGGUCACAAUGCACUACAAGGAACAUUACCGAGGUCAUUGGCUAAUCAUACAAUGUUAGAGAUUCUACAUCUUGGUGACAAUGAGAUUAGUGACACAUUCCCCUUUUGGUUGGGAGCUCUACAUAAUCUAGAAGUCCUAAUCUUGAGAUCCAACAAACUGUUUGGUGCAGUUGGAAGCCCUGCAACCGGAUUCGAGUUCUCUAUGUUGCAGAUCAUUGACAUCGCCCACAACAGUUUCACCGGCGUUAUACCAUCUCAGUACUUUCAGAAGUGGAAUGGCAUGAGAAAUUCUGAUGUGGAUCACUUUUCGUAUAUGACAGAAACUAUAACUUUGUCGGGUUUUAGUUUCGAGUUAAAACGAAUUUACAAUUAUCAACUAACUUUGGUUAACAAAGGUGUCAGCAUGGAUUAUAAGAAGAUACCUCACGUCUUUGCAGCUAUUGAUCUUUCCAGCAACAAAUUUGAAGGGGAGAUACCAGAAUCCAUUACAACUUUGAAGAAUCUCCUUUUCCUUAACCUUUCCAACAACCGCCUCUCAGGCCACAUCCCAUUGGCUAUAGAAAAUCUCACAGAGCUGGAAUCAUUGGAUUUUUCGAGCAACAUGCUUUCAGGAAAGAUUCCAGAGGAGCUCACACAGCUAACAUUUCUUUCAGUCUUUAAUGUCUCUUGUAAUCAGCUCAUAGGUCCUAUACCACAAGGAAAACAAUUUGCUACAUUCGAGAACAACUCAUACAAGGACAACCUGGGAUUGUGUGGGAAGCCAUUGUCGAAGUUGUGUGGAAAUGCAGGGGAAUCACCUCCAUCACCUUCGACUGGUGAAGAUGAUCAGAGCUCGGGUGGUUCUUCAACAUAUGUUUUGUGGAUGAUAGUUGCCAUUGGAUAUGCAAGUGGACUGGUUGUUGGUGUUGUGGCAGGAUUCAGAUUCACCGCAUCAAAACAUGAAUGGUUUGUGAAAACCUUUGGCAGGAGGCAACAAAACAGGACAAGGCUGAGAAGAAGGUGACAAAGAGUUUGAAUUUUUUGAGGCAUUUCCUGAUCAUUUAUACAUGGUUCAAAGUUCAAACAUCUUCUUAUGUUGAUUCCAGUUCUCUGUGUGUGUUGCAUGGCAGUGAGGUUUGCUUAGUUAUGUGAUGUUUUUCUUGUCUUCACUUGACUUCGUCCUUGUUAUAUGUUUGACUAGUCAUGUUGUGUUUUAUAUUGCUUUUAUAUUUUAUGCUUGUGAAUGAGCCAUGUUGGCUAGCUAGUUCUAGAAACUAGUUUGUAUCUAAAAGCAAGUUUGUCUUCUCUUGUGGUUGUACUUGUACUUGUUAUUGCAGAAUGAAAUACGAAAGUUCUUUC